UGUGGUUUCCUCUGAGAAACUCAGGAGUGCCUGCCCUGCCCUGGGCAUCUUGGAGCCUCGUCUUCUCGGGCAUGGAGGAGACAGUCGUGAGGCCCUCAGUGUUUGUGGUGGAUGGACAGACGGACAUCCCCUUCAGGAGACUGGAACAAAGCCACAGGAGACAGCGCUGUAGUGCUGCCCAUAUCUGCCUGGCUCUCCUGCUACUGCUCAUGGGCACCGGGUUGGCUGUCCAAGGCUGGUUCCUACUGCAGCUACGCCAGCAUCUGGGGGAGCUGGCCGCACGCCUGCCGGACCAAGACUCAGAGCAAGACUGGAAGAAGCUGAUGCAAGAGCGGAGAUCCCCCAGGUCCAGCCCAGCGGCACACCUGACAGGGGCCAACGCCAGCUUGAAGAGCAGUGGGGGCCCUCUGCUGUGGGAGACACAGCUGGGCCUGGCCUUCCUGAGGGGCCUCAGCUAUCGCAACGGGGCCCUGGUGACCACCAAGACUGGCUACUAUUACGUCUACUCCAAGGUGCAGCUGGGUGGCCUGGGCUGCCCCCAGAGGCUGGCCAAUGGCCUUCCCGUCACCCACGGGCUGUACAAGCGAACGCCCCGCUACCCUGAGGAGCUGGAGCUGCUUGUCAGUCGGCGGUCACCCUGUACACGGGCAAACAGCUCCCGCGUGUGGUGGGACAGCAGCUUCCUGGGUGGCGUGGUGCACCUGGAGGCUGGGGAGGAGGUGGUCGUCCGUGUUCCAAAUGAGCGCCUUGUCCAACUCCACGAUGGCACCCGGUCCUAUUUUGGGGCUUUCAUGGUGUGAUGGAAAUAGGGACAAAGGAAGGAAAGGGGAUCUGACUUGCAGAGACCUCAGAGGGACAGAAAAUCCCCCAGGGGACAGAAAAUCCAGCAAGCAGAGAUCUUGAAAAAUGACCCCCUUGGUGAACUCCAAACUCAGCAGGUGGAGGACUCAGUGGACAUCUAGGGACCAAGAUCUCAGCCACCCUGAGAGGUUGGAAUCCAGCAUGCCCUUCCAGAGGAUGGAUCACAGACCUUUCACAGACAAUACUAAAGACAAAGGCCUGGAGACUUGGGGUUCUGUGUGCCCCCAAGUGUGGGGCAUAGCUGAUUUGCCUGAUAUUCAGGAAGAAGGGAUGAAGGUUGGGUAUUUAUACUUUCAAUGUGGGAGACAGUGGGACUUGGAAUUCCAGGGAUUUGGACAGAGAAACUGCAUCACCACCUCACCAUUGUCAUAGGGUGGCCAGGGGACAUCUCUCACAAAGACCAUGUGGAGAACCCAACCUGGCUCCACAUACAGUCAUUGUGGCAUCCUUUGGUUUCACCCACGGACUUGUGUUGGCCAGUUGCCAUGGUGUAAAUAGUCCCGUCAUGGCAGAUUUUUACCAAGAACGUAUCUAGAGGCUGACUGUGUCCCACCACUGCUAAGCCCACACAUUCUACGUGGCUAUGACCUCAGCACUCAGCCCAGUGUGUGUUUUAUGACAGGCACUCAGGAAAUGCUUCCUGAUGAAAAGAAAGGAGAAACAGACCCAUGGCAGCAUGUGAGAGUGCAUCUCAUGGUUCCACGAUGGAAGUCUUUCUCAUUCACGACAGAAUCACACAUACAAACAUAUGACAUGCCUAGCUGCACACACAUAAGACAUGGAUGACACGGACUGCAUCAUGAGUGGUCUCACAAUGACACUGCAUGACAGCCACAUGCAUACACGACUCACAGACAGCAUCACGACACACAGCCACCUACAUGUCACUGUCACAGUUAGUAAUUCUCAGCACAUUGGACUU